AUGGAAGACAUAACAAAAAUUUUAAAAUCAAUACAACUAGAACUAGCAGAACAAAAGAAAGAUAUGAAAGAAAUUGAAAUAAAUAUUACGAGCAGCAUAAACAAAAAUAUCAACGAACAUUUUAAAAUAAUAGAACAUAAAUAUAAUCAAUUAAACGAACAAAUACAAAACCAGGAAAAUAUUUUAGACCGUAUGGAGAGACAUACCAGAAAGAAAAAUCUGGUAUUUUUCGGAAUAGAUGAGGGUGAAAAGUCUUAUCAAGAGCUAGAAAAUAAAAUUUUAAAAUGCUUAAACGAAAUUAAUAUUGCUUGUGAACGAAAUGAAAUAGAAUCAAUAAAACGACUAGGAAAAAACAAAGAAAAACCGAGACCGAUUACAGUCACCUUCACUACUAUGGGGAAAAAAGUAAUAUUAUUACAAAACCAGAAAAAUAAUAAAAACAGCUCUAUAUAUUAUAAGGAAGAUUAUCCACAUAAAGUUUUGGAGAAAAGGAAACAAUUAAAAAUAGAAUUACUAAAAUAUAAAGCAGAAGGCAAGAAAGCAAUAAUUAAAUACGACAAACUAAUAGUUCUGAAUGACUACAAUCCCAAUAAAAAUCAGAAAAAUAAACAACAAUCAAAGAAACGCAACCUACAGUUUUCUCCAAACCAAAGCGAAACCAUUCAUGAAAAACAAGCCUUGAAGAAAAAUAAAAUCACAGCCUUUAUGAGACAAAGAAAAGACUCUGAACACUUUAUGAAAAAUGAAACUUCUACUUCCAAUAUUAAGCAAUUAGCAGACACCCCUCUCACCAACUCAAAACCCAAUACGGCUAGUCACCGCGGGGGAGAAAAA